GGAGGGGACCACUGCCUCUAUAACGAGUCUCUCUGGGGAGAGAGAGGAGGGGACCACUGCCUCUAAAAUGACUCAAGACACCAGUUCUAAGAGUGUCCAGAAGCCCAGAGCAGAGUCCCCUACAACCAGCCUGCUAUCAAUGAAGAGUGAUCAGCCACCUGCUUUCAGCCAGGAACCAUUUCCAGAUGACAAUAAGGAAGUGGAGAGUUUGGACAGUGAGGAUCCAUUAAAGAUCCCACACAACCUUCUGGACAGAAGAAGUCAAACUCUGCUGACAGUUCAACAAGACAUUAAGGCUAAACUGAAACACAAGUAUCAACACAUAUCUGAAGGAAUUGGACACUAUGGAAACCAAAGUCUGUUAAAGGACAUCUACACAGAGCUCUACAUCACAGAGGGUGGAAGUGGAGGGCUCAAUAAUAAACAUGAGGUUAGACAGAUAGAGAUGGCAUCCAAGAAACAAACCACACAAAAGACACCAAUCAAAUGCAACGACAUCUUCAAGCCUUUACCUGGACAAGACAAACCUAUCAGAACUGUGCUGACAAAAGGAAUCGCUGGCAUUGGAAAAACAGUCUCUGUGCAGAAGGUCAUCCUUGACUGGGCAGAGGGAAAAGCAAAUCAGGACGUUCAUUUCAUGUUUCCUCUUCCUUUCCGUGAUCUGAACCUGAAAAAGGACCAAUACAGUCUGAUGCAACUUCUUUCCCACUACUUCCCAGAGCUGAAAGAGAUUGACAGCAUUGAAGAUGGUGAAACCAAAACUGUUUUCAUUUUUGAUGGUCUGGAUGAGUGUCGACUUCCUCUAGACUUCAAAAACAAUGAGAAGUGCUGUGAUGUCACGAAGCCAACCUCAGUGGACGUGCUGCUGACAAACCUCCUCGAGGGGAAUCUGCUUCCCUCUGCUCUCCUCUGGAUAACCUCAAGGCCUGCAGCAACCAAUCAGAUCCCUCCUGAGUGUGUUGACCAGGUGACAGAGGUACGAGGGUUCAAUGAUCCACAGAAGGAGGAGUAUUUCAGGAAGAAAAUCCCAGAUCAGAAUCUGGCCAAUGAUAUCAUCAAACACAUGAAGACAUCAAGGAGCCUCCACAUCAUGUGCCACAUGCCAGUCUUCUGUUGGAUAUCAGCCACUGUCCUUGAGAUGAUACUGAAAGAGGCAGAGAAGGAUGAAGUCCCCAAAACUCUGACCCAGAUGUACUCACACUUCAUGCUCAUCCAAACCAUUGUGAAGAACAAGAAGUACAACAAAGCAACAGAGACAAACCCAAAGGACCUGUCUCAGUCAGACAAAGAGAUGAUCCUGAAACUGGCAAAGCUGGCUUUCCAACAGCUGCAGAAGGGCAACCUGAUCUUCUAUGAGGAAGACCUGAGAGAGUGUGGCCUUGAUGUCACAGAGGCAUCAGUGUACUCAGCAUUGUGUACAGAGAUCUUUAAAGAAGAAUCUGGGUUGUACCAAGAGAAGGUCUACAGCUUUGUGCAUCUGAGCAUUCAGGAGUUUCUAGCAGCAGUGCAUGCUUUAGAAUCAUGUCUGGACAAGAAGGAAAAUGUUUUCUCCCCCAAUAAUGAUGAUGGUGAUGAUUACGAUGCUGAUGAUUAUGAGUAUUACGAUGAUUUUGAGGAUUACGAUGAUGAGUCAAUCCAGUUGUCUGACUUACUCAGGAGCGCAGUGUACCAGGCCUUGAAGAGUGAGAAUGGACACCUGGACCUGUUCCUCCGCUUCCUUCUGGGUCUCUCACUGGAGUCCAAUCAGAAUCUGUUACGAUGCCUUCUGACACAGACAGGAUGUACGACAGAGACCAAUGAGAAAACAGUUAAGAGAACAGUCGGGUACCUUUCAUACAAGAUCAAAAGAGAAUCCUCACCAGAAAGGAUCAUCAACUUGUUUCACUGUCUGAAUGAACUUUGUGCCAACUCUCUAGUUGAAGACAUGCAGACCUCCCUGCGAUCAGGAACUCUUUCAGAAACAAGACUAGAACCUGACCAAUGUUCAGCCCUGGCCUACCUGUUACUGAUGUCAGAGGAGGUGCUGGAGGAGUUUGACCUGAAGACAUACAACACAUCAGAGGAAGGUUAUCAGAGGUUGCUGCCGGUAGUUAAAACCUGCAAGAGAGCACUACUGGAUCGCUGUAAACUCACAUAUGAAUCCUGUAAGACUCUGGUCUCAGCUCUGCAGACACCAAACUCCCCCUGAGAGAACUGGACCUCAGCAACAAUGACCUGGGAGACAGAGGAGUGGAGCUGCUCUGUGUUGGACUAACCAGUCCACUCUGCAACGUACAGACACUAGUUCUAGGUCAGUGUGGUCUGACAGAGGGUUGCUGUUCACAUCUGGCCUCAGUCCUGAGUUCACCCAACUCACACCUGAAACAACUGGACUUGAGAGACAAUGACCUGCAGGACUCAGGAGUUACACUGCUAUCUGCUGGACUGGAGGAUCCAGACUGUAAACUACACA